CAGCAGUGGGCAGCACUCCUUUGGCUUUGAGGCUGCCUGAAGGCAAGUGAGCAGAGAAGGAAAACUAUGAGUACCAUUUCCAAGAAUUCCUUGAAGACUUCCCUGCUGCAGUUAGAAUGUCAUUUUACAUGGACUUUGCUGAAGCAGCAUGUAAGUCUUGAGGCCCUAGAGGAAACAAUAGUUGAUCAUAUCAAGUUUGUCAACGAAUCCAACAUUACAGAUUAUAAUUUACUCUCCUAUGUAUGUCACCUAAAGAAUUCAAAUGAGGAAGCCCUGAGAAAUCUCAAAAAAGCUGAAGAAGCUAUUCAAAAACAUCCCCCAGGUGAAAUUGCCAGGAGAAGUCUUGUUACCUGGGGGAACUAUGCCUGGGUCUGUUACCACAUGCAGAGAUAUGAAGAAGCUCAAACUUAUGUAAGCAAAGUGGAAAACACCUGCAAAGAGUUUUCAGGUACUGCUCAUGGGAAGAUUCAGCUUCCAGAGAUCUGUGCUGAGCAAGGAUGGGCAUCAUUACGUUUUGGGUCUAAUUACUACGAGAGGGCAAAGAAUUGCUUUGAAAAAGCUCUGGAGAGUGAGCCCGAUAACCCAGAUUUUUAUACUGGCUAUGCAAUAGCAAUGUAUCGCUUGGAAAAUUUGGCUUUUUGGUGUUGUGAAGAGGUGAGACCAUGCCUUGAGGUCCUGCAGCGGGCAGUGGAACUGAAUCCAAAGAACACUUCCCUUCUGGCAUUACUUGCAUUACAACUUCAGCAAUUGAAACGAGCUAAUGAAGGGGAGAGGUACAUUGAGGAGGCACUGAAGAUAACCCCUGAUUUUCCUUUUUUCCUGCGGUAUGCUGCUAAGUUUUACAGAAAGAAAGGAGAAGUGGACAAGGCAGUGGAGAUUUUGAAAAAGGCCCUACCACUGACACCAAAGUCUGUCUUUCUGCAUCACCAACUAGGACUCUGCUACAAAUUCAAGAUAUUUCAAUUGAAAAAGACAAGAUGUCCACCUCAAGAGGAAGUGGAGAAUCUCAUCCAGCUUGCCAUUUUUCAUUUCAAAACAGUGAUAGACAAAAGGCCAACAUUUAUUUCUGCCCAUACUGACCUAGCAAACGUAUAUGCACUAUGCGAGAGGUAUGAAGAAGCUGAAGAGAUAUUUCAGGAAGUGCUCCAGAGAAAUUAUCUAUCCUGUGGUGAAAAACAAGAAAUCUACUUCUAUUAUGGCAAUUUUCAGCGUUUUCACAUGAAGUCAGAAUCGAAAGCCAUCAAGUAUUACAUAGAAGGUCUGAAAAUGGAAAAAGAUUCUUUUGGAAGAAGAAAGUGCAGGGAAGCUGUGGAGACGUUGUUGAAACAAAAGAUUGAGAGCCGUUUAGGAGAUGCCACAGAUAUUGGUACACUUGGACUCGUUCAUAACCUAAAUGGUGAGAAACAAAAAGCAAUUGAAUGCUAUAAGAAAGCCAUUGCUUUGGAUCCCAACAAUGAAGAAUAUCGGAAUGCAUUAUUUGAGCUACAACUUUCCAUCUCAAGCUAAAGAUCCCAAAAAUCCUAUGUACCGAAAAAUCUCCUAAAGCAAGGACAUUUCAACAGAUUCUCAAAACUUUUUUGUUGGGUUUUUUUUUCAUUUGAAGGUAGACAUUAUGACCCAAUGAAACACAGGUGGCAUCACUUUCUAGUCAUAAUGUAGAAACUGCAGACAACAAUUGUUUAUUUGUUCAUUCACUAAUAGAGAGCAUGCUUGGAUAACUAUAUAAUAUAUAUGAUAUAUAUUUAUAGCUAAUCUAACUUACUCUUCAAUGAUAACAUGGGUAUAGAUGUUGUAUUUAAGUGAUGAUCUGUAGAACAGAGAACUUCUAACCUGAAAAUCAGAUAUUACUGUCUACUGAGAAAAAGGUAAAGGAAUCAUAUUGUUGUAUUUUGUCUGUACACUUGAAGGGCAUGCUUAUACACAAAUAGAAUUCCUCAAGGUUUUUUAAGUAUUUCAAAAAUAUCUUUUGUAGAAGAAACUUUUGUUGAAGGCUUGUUCAGUUUACUACCUUGUAUGCUGUUUAAUUAUGAAAACUAAUUAUUUAGUUUAAUUUAGAACUUUAAUUAUUUAGCUGGUCCACUGGAAAGCUUACAGAAUGUGUAUUAUUGUUGUGAACUACUAAAGUCUAUUGAAUCCCUCAA